UCAACAAAUUAGUCACCCGGUGUCAUCUAGCCCGUGACCAUCUAUCUCAUUUCGCGCUUGCGAUGCAUUUUGAAAAAACACACACAACACACAGUUAGGGCUCGGAGAAAUGGAACCGGAUCUUCCAUUGAUUCAAAUGGCUGAAGAAGACGAUUCUCUCAUUCAACACCUUCCAGAUCUUGGUCAAACACCUUCCAAAUCCUCUCUCAAUUUCUCCACUUUCUCGCCAUUCGCACUUCCACCCUCGAACGCCAAAAAGCUGAAAGGUGGUGUUCGAAUGGAAAAACCUAGUAGUUCAUCUUCUGAAGCUAUAAAUAACAAAGAGAAUAUAAAUUUAAACAGUGUAGAAGUGCCAAAAUUAGGUAUGGAACCUAUGCAGAUGAAGAGGAGAAAGACUGGGGCUGGAUUCAAUUUGCGGAAAAGCUUAGCAUGGGAUAGAGCCUUUUUCACCGAUGAAGGCAUUCUGGAUCCUGCGGAACUGACCUUGAUAACCGGUAUCGAUGCUAACACAUGUGGAGGGGGAUUGCCUAGUAUAAGUGAAGAGGGAAAUAGUUCAUUUUCUUCAGAUGCUAGCUGUACGAAUGAAUCUAACGCUAUGGAAGCCUCUGAGGAAACUCCACUUAAAGGGCUACGCGACAAGAAUCGUACACCAAAGGGAAAAAACAGAGAGAAGACAGAUUGUUCAUUGAGAAAUCAUGGCUCUUUACUUCAUCACAAUGUUACACAUAAAGUUCUCUCAAGUGAUCGUACAAAUAGAGGCGGAUCCAAGCUUGGUGGCUGUUCAGAGCCUUUAAGUGCAUCUUCUCUGAAAAGGCCAGCAAAUUCAAACACUUUGAAAACAGCAAAAAGAGAGUCCAAGCUUCCUAAACUACCUAUCUCAAAGCGGGGAUCAUAUUUUGAUGCAACGGAAAAUGCUUCUAAGGCAGCUAGCCAGUUGAGGCGCAAUCUGAUUCCUAAGCCAAGUAAAUGCCAAUCCAAAACUGUCGAGCAAAAUUUUGGGUCGAAAAGCUCUUUACAAAAUGUUCAAGGUUGUCAAAGUAAAGCAAAAACAGGUUCAGGCAACGCCCAUUUGCCAGUUAGAGAGCUAGCUCAAAAAACUGUUAAAUAUAUGUCACACUCAUCUAAAACUGCCUCUUCAACCAGGUCACGAUUGGUACAGGUUGAUAGAGUUAAUAGUCGGUCAGAAUUGGUUCCAGAUACAUUGCAGUUAUGUAAAGUUCAAGAGGAAUCUGCACCUCUUGCAGCUAAACACCUCGCUCAACAUGCCACAGCAAUUUCAACACACUCAUCUAAAGUUGCUUCUUCAACCAAGUCACGAUUGGUACAGGUUGAUAAUGACAAAAGUGGACCAGAAUUGGUUCCAGAUGCAUUGCGGUUAUUUCAAGGUCAAGAGGAAUCUGCCCCUCUUGCAACUAAACAUCUCGCUCGACAUGCUGCAGCCAUUUCGGAUAGAUUGCGUUCAUGUGAAAGCCAAGAGUGCCCUGCUGCACUUGCAAGACCAUCAGGACUGAGAAUGCCAUCACCAUCACUGCGAUUAUUUGGCAUGAGCACAGCUUCAGAGUCUACUUCCUUGCAGCAGAAGAAAUUUCCACAUUACAUGGGUUCUGAUAGAAAAUACGUAGCAAGAACGCCCAUGAAGAGUAAUGAUAUCACAGAAAACAUAGCUUGUGGGGUUCUAACUUCCAGUAAAGAACGUUGUGCACCAUCCACUCAGUUGAGCCCAUCACCAAAUUACAUGUUGAACAGUAGUACUAGAGAGGCCCUCGAUUCAAAUAUAUAUCAAAAUCUAGUGAGAAAAAAUGUGCCGAGGGUAGGCUUCACAUUGGACUUCGAGUGUGGGAGUUCUAAGCAAGAGAAAAAGGUAAGUCAUCCCACUGAGCAGUUGGCUGGAAAUGUUGGGACUUGUCAUCAACUGAUGCCUGAAGGUAGAGUUCCUGAAACAAAAUACAAGGAAGAUGGUUGUAAAGUAGUCGAUGAUAGCCCUUGCAGCAGGAUAAUUAGCAUAACGUCUAGAGAUUCCCAUUCCAUUGAACAUGAAGCUGAUGUCAUAGACUCGAAAGGUAUAAAUACCUCCUCUAUUCCGUUUCAAAACGUGAAUGCAGAGCAAAGAAAUGAUGAUGCUGACAGUGUAGAUGUCUUUCCUACUACCACAUCACCUCAUGUGAGAGAUUUGUCUGUUGAAGAAGGCAAUGACAUCCACAUCGGCCCAAUUACUUCCAUCAGGAGUAAAACGCAGUUACAUGAUAGUCCUGUAAGAGACACCUUAAUACAGCUUUUAAAUGACAAUCCAUCUGCUGAAGGCUUCAACAUUGGACCAACUACUUCCUUCGAGAAUGAACAUCAGUUACCUGUCACUCUGCUUUUACAUGAUAAUCCAUCAUCUCAGUUAGAGGAUACUGGCACAGCACCAGUAGUUGAAGCUCAACAUAAAAUUCCUGUAGAAAAUCACAAGAGCCAGGAAUUAGGUAUAUCCGCAGUGGUGGAAAAAUCGCCAGACUCUCGUGGUAAUAUAUCGGAGGCCGAACCAACUGUUCAAGGGUGCACUGGUGAAUCAGAAACUCAUAGUCAGUUUCAAAGUGGAAAUCAGACGCUCGAAGGCUCUGGAGCCAUUAGUAAUAUUUCCAAAACAAAUGUAGAAGAUGGGCAAGUGCAGUUAUUAAAUGUUGAUGUAUUAGUUCAAUCCUGCAGCAGAUUAACGUCAGAAGAACACAAUCAUUCUAUAGAACAGGCAGGGUUUUCUAAUACUGCCAUCAAAAUGGAACAAGUUUGGAAUGUUGCAGAGGGAAGUGAUGUUUAUGCAUGUGAUCCAAGACCGCCCAAUACUGUAAUAGCUUAUGCUACUUCCCCUGUAGUUGAAGAAAUUGGUAACAGUGGCACACAACUAUGUGUUGAGUACAGAACUUCAGGUUCUGUAGUGUAUAUAGAUCCGAUUGCUGAGCAUAAUGAAAGCUACAGUGAUGGGCAAUCAACAGAGUGCGGUGAUCACUCUCUCACUUUUGACUCAGAAUUACAACAAUCAGCUGAAGAUAAGACGUUUGUUGAGAACUCCACUUGUAUGGAGUCAUGUUCUCUCCCGACUGAUUCUAUUCUAGAAGAAAAGUCAAUGUUUCUUGACGAACGAGUGCUAAUGAAGGACAGUUUACUAUCUGCUGAAAAUAUUUCGGACAGUGUCAUUGUUGUUCCAGAAGAAAACUCAGAUGCCAGUGCCAAGAUUCUGCCUGUUGUGCAAGUAAACGAAAAGUCUAAUUCAAGCUUUUCUGAGGGCCAAGGACCGACUACAGGUGUGGAAACCGCAAGUAUACCAGAAUUAUGCUGCUUGGUUGGUGGAGGAGAUGAGAGCUUGCUUACAAAGGCUACAAGUAUGACAGAAGCUGAGGGGUCAAAGAUAAUUAUUGGAGAACAAGUUGAUGCAACUCCAAUGGUGGGUGAAUUUCAACAUGAAAUGGAUGACGGUAAAGGCGCGGCAGUGUAUACUAAGAGGUCAAAUAGCAUCAAGAUGCAAGAUAAUUCUUUGGUCAUACAUCCCCCAAAUGCUGUUCCUUUCUCUGAUGAAUGGCUGGCAGCUUUUGAAGCUGCUGGAGAGGAAAUUCUUACCAUGAAGUGUGGUGCAGUACAACAUUCACCCCAAGACAAAUCUCUUCCUGAACCAAGCCCAUGGUCCCCGGUGAAAAAGAAAGGCAGUCAGAUUGGACCAUACGACUGUACAAAGUACACGAAUGUCAUGCCGUAAAAUUCUCUAGUAUCAGAUCAGUAAUUCCAUUCGGUACAUAUAUAUUCUGCAUAGAUACAUUUUGUUUCACGUAUGUCCGCUCUUGAAAGUGCAGACAGAUACUUCAGAUGAGACCAUACUCGUCACGCGUACUGAACAUCUAAGUCGAAUACUUCCUCUCCUGGGAAUUCUUGAUAUUUGCCUUCUCUUUAAAGAAAAAGAAUGUUGUUAAGGUUACCAGAUCAGUAUCAUACUUUAAUCUCAUAAAUGCAUGUUUAUGUUCUACGUGAAUUUAUUGUCGCGUAUUAGCUUUCGCUUGCGAACUCACUUUUUUCUGUGCUAAAUUGCAUUUCUUCA